ACUAUCAGGGCGGCAGGGUCGAGCAGCCGGGUGCCUUCAAACAGGCUAAGCUGCCGCUUCCGUCUCCCCUGGUAAAGAUUGGAGAGACAGAAGACCAAACGUUUGGAAAGCGCCAACUUUUUCUGCAGCCUCCCCUUGGCCCUGAACCAGCCCAGACGGCUCCUCCCCCUCGCCUCGCCCUGUUAAACUUUUGCUUCCACGGGACCGGAGUGGGUCGUAUGUUUGCUGGUUUUGAGGACUGCACUUCGCCUUUCAAUCUGGCAGCUUUCCAGAGACAAUUGCCUGAAUUCAUCAGGAUGCACAGAACCACCAGGAUAAAAAUCACAGAGCUGAACCCUCACUUAAUGUGUGCCUUAUGUGGAGGCUACUUUAUAGAUGCCACAACUAUUGUGGAAUGCUUACAUUCAUUUUGUAAAACCUGCAUUGUCCGCUACCUGGAGACCAACAAAUACUGCCCCAUGUGUGAUGUACAAGUUCAUAAAACAAGGCCUCUUCUCAGUAUCAGAUCAGAUAAAACUCUACAGGAUAUAGUAUAUAAACUGGUGCCAGGACUCUUCAAAGAUGAAAUGAAGAGGCGACGUGACUUUUAUGCAGCGUAUCCCCUGGCAGAUGUUCCCAAUGGAUCCAAUGAAGACAGGGGUGAAGUUUCAGAACAGGAUAAAGGGAACCUAACCGAUGAUGAAACGGUCAGCUUGUCCAUAGAAUUCUAUGAAGGAAUCAGAGAUGAAAAUAGAGGGACUGUUGAAAAUGGAAACACAGAAAAAGAUAAGAAGAACAGCAUGAGAUUCCUCAGAUGUCCUGCUGCUAUGACUAUCAUGCACCUGGCUAAGUUCCUCCGGAACAAGAUGGAUGUUCCCUCCAAAUACAAAGUGGAAGUUCUCUAUGAAGAUGAACCUCUAAAAGAAUAUUACACUCUCAUGGACAUAACUUACAUCUAUCCUUGGCGAAGGAAUGGCCCUCUCCCACUGAAAUAUCGUGUUCAACCAGCCUGCAAGAGGUUAAAACUGUCUUCUCAGCUUCCCAACUCAGAGUGUACCAACACCAGUGGGGCUUCGGAGUGUGAAUCUGUCAGUGACAAAGAUCAUAGCCCAGCCACCUUGCCAGCUACCACCUCCUCCUCAUUGCCAAGUCCUGUCACACCUUCCCAUGGCUCCCCAAGCUCCAAUAUCACCACUGUAAGCAUUCCAACCCACCCUGCUACUGGUGCCAUGCUAAAUGGCACCUCGAACUGUCACCAGAUGCAACCUUUGGCCAAUAGGGCGCGCAAAACAAUGGUCAAUGGUAGUCCAGUUAUGUCAGCCUUGACUUAAAAGGAGCAUUAUUUUUAUUGGCUCCUGAGUUUUAUAUAUAUUAUGUAUAGAUACGGAGAGUGGUGGAUGGGGUGGGGAAAUUAUACAUACUUAUUUUCUACUGACCUGAUUCAACUGACCCUGAUUAAGAAAAAUGCAAAAAGUAAGAAAAAGAAAACCCAAACACUUUUUUUUAAUUUUUGAAAUAAAAAUUGUGAUCUUGUAACUGCAUGGUGGCAUUUGUAUAAAAACUGAAGCCCUUUCUGGAUGAUGGUUAUUCUUUCUAUUAUAAUUAUUUAUGUCCUUGAUUUGUAGUGAGAUUUGAUGCACAGUUUUGGAGAGAAAAAAUGCACAGUCCCAAAUCAACCAGGCUCUUGUAGAAGCACAUAUGGCUUUCCUGGCUCCUUUUGUCAGAUCACCGUCAAAAGAAGCCAGGAGACUGAUUACUUCAUUCCCCAUCCAUCACCAGUCCAUUUUAUGCAUCUCCAUUCCAAUCAUGUAGUUUUUAGUCCUAUAUUUUUAUCUCUCUCUCUUAAGGAUCUUGGUUUCAACGCAGCUGCUGUUAAACAGAAGGUAGUAAUAGACAUUUUUGUGCUUGGAAAGGGCAACAGUGUGCUAAUUGUUUUGUGAUGUUCCGGGUGCUAGACAUCGUAGAUAUGUACUGUAUCCAGAACAAUAACAUGGCCUGGGGAAAAAGGGUUAACAACUUCUAUAAGCAGAGAGAAAGAGUCAAGGCAGGAAGCAGAGCUUAGUGGUUGGAUUGUAAAUGAGGAUGAGGAUGAAUGUGUUGAUCUGUUCUAGUUCCCAUAGUGAUAGUAAUUACUUGUUCUUUUCUUAAAUGGGAGCUUAGAAAUAGAUUCUAAAGCUGCCUCUUUGGUGGCAGCAGGUUCCCCGUUAAUGGUUUAAAACCACAUCUUCUAUAAUCCUCAAUUGAUCACGUAUUAAAAUAACAAUAUUGAGGGUAGGUUUUUCAUCUCCACAGAAAUGGAGGAUGAUGCUGGAAGACACAAUAAGUUACAAGAGGGGAUCCUAUCAAUGUCUGAAAAGGCCUUGGUCUAGUAAUUAAUCAAUUCUUAUGUUCCACUUGUUUUUCUGUUCAGAAAAUGCAGAAUUGCAGUUGAAAGCUGAAGGGAUACAGUGCCUUCGACUGGCAUAACAUCACUAGCCCUUCGUGUGGAGCAGUUUACAUCAUUAACCACAAAUGGUGGCCUUGGCGCCUUGUGCUAAGCACUUAAUUUCUGGAAUAAUUGUUUUGAAGCUUCACCUUUUUUUUAUAUGCCCUUUCUUACACGUGUUCAUAAGGUCUCUAUUUUCAGAGUACAUCUUUUCUCUGGUUUUAAAUCUUUUCAGUCAUAUAUUUCCUUACCAAACAUUGUGGGACAGUUUGAACACGAGCAGUUCUUUAUCAGAGAUCUCUUGGUUGUUUGCAUACAUUGGUUCCCAGGACCUGGCUAGAAAUGGGCUAGGGACCAUUCAGAAAGUCCUCUACUUCCAUGUGACUUUCCUAAGCAGAUUUGGCUGACUAAUGUAAUAGGCAAAUGAUUCAUCAUCAUUUGCCUACAACUCUUUGACCUUUAUUAGAAAAGCAGUUUUAUAAUCCUUAUAAUUCUUGUUCUAAGAGCUAUGAUACUUGAUAGUGGUUUAAAUUUGUAGUGUAGUAGAAAUUUCCACAAUUAGUAUUAAUUUCCACAAUCUGAAUUCAUGAAAUUCCUGCUGCAAUUCUCAGAAUUCAGUUUAUAGCAGGGAUGUCAAACUCACGUCAUCACACUGUAUUGCGACUUUCCCCCCCUUUGCUAAACCAGGGUGGCUGUGACCAGUGUGUGAUGCAUCUGGCCUGCAGGCCGCAAGUUUGACAUCCCUGGUUUAUUGUACAGUAUAGUAUAGAUAUUUCUCAAAUUCUGUGGUCCUGUGACUGCCUAAAAUGAUUAAUUCAUGGGAUUUCCUCUCCUCCACAAUAAGAUAGUCCUCAACCUAUGACCACAAUUGAGCCCAAAAUUUAUUUUGCUAAGGAAGACUGUUACUGAGUUUUGCCCCAUUUUAUGAACUUUCUUGCCACAGUUGUUAAGCAAAUCACUACAGUUGUUAAGUUAGUAAUAUGGUUAUUAAGUGAAUCUGGCUUUCCCAUUGAAUGCUUGUCACAAAGUUGCAGGAGGUGAUAACAUGAGCCUGGUACAUUGCAACCCUUAUAAAUAUGAACCGGUUGCCAAGCAUCUGAAUUCUGAUCAUACGAUGCUUCAAUGGUCAUAACUGUGAAAAAUGGUCAUAAGUCACUUCUUUCAGUGUAACUUCAAACAGUCACUAAAUGAACUGUUGUAAAUUGAGGACUACCUGUAUUAUUGAUGGUGGUGGAAGCAGCUGUCAUUUUUAUUAGCAGCUACCUAAAAUGCUGAGUAUAGUGGCACAUUCUCUUCUUGGCUUGAAGAAGGCUUCUGACCCCGCAUGUCUCCUCAUCAGCCACGCACUCUGUAUGGUGUAGCCCCUCCCCUCCUGCUUUCUCAAGGAAUUGGAGCUCGGCAGUCUUUGCAUUCCCAGCUUUCCUACUUUUCUACCUUUUGGCAAUCCAGAAAUGUGUGACCCCUCCCCUUUACCCCGCUCUAAUCCAUUUAUGAGCCUCUUGGUAAUCAUCGUAUUAUAAUCCUUGAUUCAGCAAGCAGAUUUGUUUGAGGAAAGCCAGAAUUACCUUAUUCCAAGUCUUUGGAAUGAGAAAUAUUUUUGUAGUCUUUAUAAAAACCCAUUCUGCAUUUUUUAAAAAAAAUGUUGUUUAAUCUUGUAAAUUUGGGUUGGAAAAAUAAAUACAGUGCCUUUCCAAAACAAAUUUUAUUAAUAUGCUGAGGUGGUGAAAAGAGAUUUGUGAUUUAAAUUGAUGGGGAUGUGUGGGUGGAAUCUUUUCUUUUGCUAAUUUGUGCUUCAAGAUGGCCAGAUGGAAAUGCACAACUUCCAAAGGGAAGAAAUUUCUUCUUCCACCACUUUCAAUCCUUUCCCUUUAAAGAAAAACAUGGUACCUAGAAUUACUCCUCUCUUCCCCCUUCCCUACUUUUCCCUUCCCUUCUUUCCCCCUCCAGUCCCCUCCCUUCCCUUCCCUUUUCUUUCUUUUCCUUUCCCUCCCUUCCCUUCCCUGCUUUUCGUUUUUCUUUCCCUUCCCCUCUACUCCCCUCCCCUCCUGCCCUUCCCUGCUUUUCCCUUCCCCUCCCUUCCCUUCCCUUCCCCUCCUGUCCCUUCCCCUCCCUCCCCUCCCCUUCCCAGUAGGAAGGAUUAACUAAACACAAGCACAUUUUCUAUUUUUGAAAAUUAAAUCCCAGGGAUUUUUGUUUUGUUUUUCCUGUAGUUGUUUCUCUGAAAAGCAGCUAUUCGCACAAGUGCAAUCCAUGUUUGGAAAUACAUUUUCAUAGAUAACUCAGUUGUACCAGGAGUGUAGAAAGCAGCUUGUCACAGGGGGAAAAAAGAUACAAUGGGUAGGAAGAGAAAAGGUUUGUUAGCAGCCUGUGGUAUGUUCCUUUCAAGUCUUUCCUUUUCUACCCUAUGCUUGUGAACCAGAUCAACUGCCAGCACAAUAAAAACAGUUUUAAACUUGCUCCUACUCUCCAGCUACUGUGUAUUUUAAGAGUCUGGUGGAUCCUGCACAACAUGAUGUUUGAAGAACAGUGUAUUCUUUCCCUUUCGCCUGUCUCUUUAUGUGUGCUCACAGAAUAAGAAGAAAGACUCACUACCCUAAGAAGAACACCCCCCACCCCAAUUCUCUCUUUUCCACCUGACCCUUCCAGAGGCAAGACUGUAAGACUGCUUUGCUGUCAAGCUGACUCUUUCUAUACCUGCUCCUCUUAAUUGUCUCCUUGUUGCUUAUUCUGUCUUCCAAGUAAUGCUGAGCAGUAGCUAUCCUUGAAUUAAUUUCCUUGGCUUUUUAAAAUUUAAUGUGUAAAGAAGAGGGGGGGGGUGUCAAAGUUUUGUGCUUUCAGCAUCAUUUGUGAUAGUGCCAUAAUGUCAAGUGUAAGUGUGUGCAGAGGAAACAUGAUAAUGAUGCCAGGCAUAAGUAAUCUUGUUACUGUGGAGGUUGCAAGUCCCAUGUGAUAUUUAGGGAAAUGAAUUUAGAGCAGGAUUACCUGCACUGUUCUAAAAUGAUUGUUCACCAGUCCAGUUCUUUUUCUUUAGAAGAACCACCUUCUGUUACCCUAGCAUAACUUGCUGACAAAUUGUUUUGCAUCUCUUGCCACAGAGUUGGUAAACUGGAAAAGGCACCGUCUUCCAUUGGGAUGAAUUUGGCCCUGGGGCUUCCAGUUGCUGUCCUAUAUAUUCAUUAAUGUUUUGUCACACUGAGGUACUGAAGACUCAGAAGGGGUAAGGUGGUACUACAGUAGUUUUCCUGAACCCAGUGCGUUGGAUUAUAUAACCCAUUGUCCCUGGCCAACAUUGUGCUUAUUCUAGUGAUCAUUUCUACUUAUCCUAUUGGCUGAGAGUGAAUUUGGUACUGCUAGUGGCAUUAAGCCAUGUUAAAAAGUUGCUGGACUUGGAAUUUGGGAAAGUUUUUCUGUCUUUGUAUGUACUGAAUAAACUGACCAAGGCAAUUAAGAAGCCUAAUGUUUUCUUCUCCUUUUACUACUUCCUCUUUUUUGUAUUUUUUUUUUAAUAUGGUACAAACCAAAUUACUAUGUAUGUUUGCAAACCUAUAUGAUGUUUUAAUGUGCUGUAAUAUAUUCUGAUAUUCAUAUAUUGUUAUUGGUUAAAACAUUUGUAUCAAUAAUGCAGUUUGUAAAUGGUAAUAAAUGAUACAAUUUUGUCCUUCA